CAACCUACCCUUGUCCUCUCACACGGCUCAGGCCGUACUGCCCUCUGCGACUUCGACCUGCGCACCUAGAUCUUCCAGUCUACUCGGGGAAGGUUGAUCGAUCUCUUCCUCCGGUCAUUGUAUCUCCUAAAGCACCACCACCCCCUCUCUAUCUCGCCUAUUGUUCCUGCAAGUCUGCUUGACUUGUGAGCAUCGUCGAAUCCUUUUGCUGCUGCUUCAAGGUCAAUAAUGGAGCACCCCAAUCCUCCCCACCGGCCAUGGGAGGAACCACGUUCCACCCAACAACCCCCGCAGCCUCAAAACAACCAGGUCUUACCCUCGAUCUCGACCUUGACGGCGAAUAUGUCCUUGGGCUCGAUCACUUCCGCAGAAAGAUCGCCAGCUCAAACCACACUCGAAAGAGACUCGGGGACUUGGUCCAUGUCCCAAAGUGCCCGGUCCUCUACCUACUCAAACACGACAAAUGGCACCCAUGGUACCCAUGGGACCCAGCGCCCCGACUACCCUGAAUCACGUCGCAGCAGCAUCGACAGCCGAAUGAACCAAGGCCUGAGCUCUCUGGCCCUUAAUCCAACCUCGCCAUACCAGAGUGCAAAUGUCUCUCAGACUUCCAUCGUAUCAGGCCUUCAGCGAGAGCGAGGUAUUCCGACAGACUACGCGGCGACGCCCUCAACCCAUCGUGGACCGCGAUAUAUAGGGAAUCAGGCGUUAUCGCCGCUGGGCCCCCGGGUUGGGGAGCACCGAAGUUUCCCAGCUGGACGCACUGCUCCCGCAAUUAGCUCCAACCCGGAAGCCAAGAUUUACAACGCCGAGACUCCUAUUCCAGGCAUGCCGUAUGCUUUCCCUGAUCCGUACGUUGCUCGUCCCUCAGAGAAACCUGGCCGGCUAUCAGAUCAAAUUUCUCGGCGCGAUAGCGGUACGGAGUCCCUUGCAAGCAGCAGAUUCACCAAUGAUGCUCGAUUGCCCCAAGGACAGCAGGAAUUGCCACAGAGUGUCCACCAUCAUUCCCUCCAUCAUAAGCAGGUUCGAAAUUUGAUGGGUGACAAUGAGUCUACCAACGGUUCUACUCCAUACAGUAGAACGCCAGAAUUGAGAAUAUCUCAUAAGCUGGCUGAAAGGAAGCGGCGCAGCGAAAUGAAAGAUUGUUUUGAAGCCCUACGUACCAGGUUGCCUUCGACCCAAAAUAAUAAGUCUAGCAAGUGGGAAACACUAAACAGAGCAAUGGAUUACAUUACUCAGCUUGAGAAGAAUCUUGCACAAUCUCAACAGGAACAGGACCAAUUACGCGCAGAGCUCGAUGACCUCCGGAGAUUCACCGGCCAACAUCCGCAGCAACCUGCACUAUCAAGGCAAACAUCUGCAUUUGAUCUACCUCAUCCAGCUCCAACGUUGCAGCCGAACGGCAUCGCAAGUUCAUCACAGGGGUCGACUUUGUUCUCCUCACCAUUCUCAGGAUCGAGCACUUCGCUUGCGCCUCCACCUCCUGCACAGGAUCCAUCUAGAACACUCCCACCAUUAGUAAACACGCCCCUUGCUCCAAUGCAAGGAGUGCAGUAUACUGAGGAACGGAGAUGAGGGUCCAAGAUCUGCCAUAAAUCAUCCACGACCUGAGUUUUCCGUCAGCGUACCUGUUAGCUGCUCCUCCCCGACUCUUUCGCUAGAGUGAUCUCUAGCUUUAGGAUGUACUCGAAUCGAAAGGCCACUCUGAUGCUGCCAUCUUUACACUAGUUCGACGAUCGGUCACCUCAUAUCAACCGUUACCAGGUCUAACUCCUUUUUUUUCGGGCUAACCUGCCGGUUUGCUCUAGCUUUGUUUAACAUUGCUAUCACACCAUGGAUUCUCUCUCUGCAGUAUACUAUAUUUAUACCCCCAUUUCUGUCACUUUAAAAUGCGUUAGCCAAAUGACUCGCCUUUAUCCCUGCGUGUACCGGUUUACUAUCUUUUCACUGUACCUCUUAACUGACCUCCCCUCGUUGAAACCUCAUUGUUAAUUUUUGGUGGUAUUAUUGCUCUCAUUAUCAUUUCGGCCUGGAAUUUGGGGUUGUGGUUUUGGGCUUGUUUGCUUUGCUCCCUUUGGCAUCGGUGUUAAUUCAUUUGCGUCCGGCUUCGAAUUUAUGCGUACGGCGCAGUGGUAAUUUGAAACUUGGAUGGGAAGACUUUUGGUCCCUUCCUUUUUUUUGCCUUUUUUUGGUCCAUCUUUCGUCUACUCUUGGAGAAGCAAGAAAACUUGUUGUAAUCCCACUUUUGUUAAUGUUUGCUGGCUUGCUCUUUGCAAAAGUGCCUUUCGAAUGUUGUAUCUCAUUUAAGUUUCUUUUUGUCCCGCAUAACAGCCAGGCUUCAUAAGAGAUAUUUCAUGGGACAGAAAAGUUCAGCUGAUAAUUCAUUUCUCAGGUGUGGUGUUUUUGAAUGAAAGCUCCGGGGUCGGGUCUUUCUCUUUGCGCCUUUUGUUAUUGAAUGGCGAAGGGUGUCUAAUGUUGAUUGGAUGGGUCGCUGCGGUGCAGUGGGCAUUUGUCUACACCUUUCUCUCUCUCUCUCUUUUUCUUUCUUUCUUUCUAUUCUUUUUCUUUUUUAAAUACAAAAUUUAUAUUAAUGGAUGGAUCUGGCUGUUGA